CUUUUUACUGGAAAAAAAUUGCAUUUUUCGUUCUUGAAGAGGACGGGGAUAAUGUGACAGAUUUGAAUAAUUUGAUUGUGGUUUCAUGUUCUACCAAAUGAUUCCAGAACGAUAUCAAGAAGCAAAAACGGGUUUCAAGUUGCUGAACUCAGUAACUGUACAGAAGUAUCUGAAGAAGGUGGGACUGGGGAAAGAAGAUUAUGACUUCUGGAAACAAGUUGGUAAGGCUUUGCUAUGCACCUACACUAUCUUUGGCAUAGCGUGGGUGUACAAUGAAGCAUCACCGCUAGGGUGGUGGACGUUGAAACCAAAGCCGAAGGAGGAGAGAGAGCUAGCCCAUCUUUAUGAGCGGCGAGAAUUCGCAUACCCGGGUGAUGCGGAAGCAAUGGAGGAGUUUGUUGCUGAGGGGGGUAGGAUUGGCACUACCAUUGGCCCAAAAGGAAUCCUUGAGAUUGAUAAGGAUGCUUUUAAUUAUCAGAAGGAGUUGGAGAACAAGAAGCUUGAGCAGGAAGCACUGAAGCUGUGGCUCAGGAUGAGAAACGAGGUCAUUGCAGAGCUUCAAGAGAAAGGGUAUGAUGUUGAGUGAGUGAAUGUGUUCUGUUAUAUAGUUAAAUCGUGAAUUGCUUAAUGUAAGAACUAAGCUUUUGUAUGGAUAUCUUUGUGCUUUUUGGCACAAAUUCAGCUAUUUGGUUGAGCCACGUUAUGACUUUAGUGCUUAACAUAUUAAUGCUAUGUACGAUUUUGUUUACCUAGAAAAUUUGUGCAUCCUACUUCUUUUACAACUGAAUGCGCUGUUCCUUGUUUCUUUA